AUGGCAACCAGGGCGGCGUCUUUUGCUCUCUGCAUUCUCCUCCUCACGCUGUGCUCAAGGGAGGCAGAAGCUGGAGGCCUCACGAAGAACCCAGUUGCUAAUGCAAGUUUUCCACCAUAUUGUGGCACAAACUACUUUGACAGUGUACAGUAUCCGUGUGAUGAUACUCGCUGGGAGGCAGAGGCGGGUGACCUCACGAAGAACCCAGUUGCCAAUGCAAGUUUUCCACCAUAUUGUGGCAGAAACUUCUUUGACAGUGUAUUAAUUUCUGAAGCGUGCAAUGGUCUCUUUCUCUCAGACAAAUCGGUGGAAGACCAUAUGAAAGGAUCAAAUACGACGUAUCUGUAUCUAUACUCUAUAAAAGAGAGGCUCGACAAGGCGCGCUUUUUCGUCGUGGGCGCCGGGCUCUUGUCUGCCGUCUCGGCCGCGCUCUACCCCGCCGUCGUCCUCAAGAAGCGUAUCCAGGUCGCCCCGGUUUCGACAGCAAUGGUGCUACCGUCCUCCGCCGUCAAAGCGGCCUCCGCCAUCCUGCUGCGAGAGGGGCCCCUCGCCUUCUACCGCGGCUUCGCCACCUCCCUCGCCGGCACCGUCCCGGCGCGCGCGCUUUACAUGGGCGCGCCCGAGGCCACGCGCUCCGCCUUUGGCCCAACCACGCUUAACCUCAGCGCCCCGGAGCCUGCCGUAUCCGCGGCCGCGGGCACCGCCACUGGCCUCGCUGCCGCCGUCGCCACGCAGGUCGUGUGGACGUCCGUCGACGUGAUCAGCUAGCGCCUCAUGGUGCAGGGCAACCCCUGCCCCACCUCCCGCUACCAUGGCGGCAUCGACACCUUCCGCAAGAUCGUAGCUUCCGAUGGCCUCAAUGGCCUAUACCGUGGCUUCGGCAUGUCCAUCCUAACCUACCCUCUCUCCAAUGCCGUGUGGUGGAGCCGCUUAGUUUUAUAA